CCGGACGGCCAGUCUGAGGUCUAUGAGGCGGCCGCUGGGGGCGCGGUGGCGGUCGCGCCUUCGCCGGCUGCCCCGUUUGCCCGCAGAGUUGGAUUUCGGCACCGGCGAGGGCCACCAUCUGCAGCACAUCAGCGACCGGGAGAUGCCGGACGAGUUAGCUUUGGAAUCAAACCCUUCUGACCAUCCAAGGGCAAGCACAAUUUUCUUGAAUAAAUCUCAAACGGAUGUGCGAGAAAAGAAGAAGAACAACUAUGUAAACCAUGUAUCUCCAGGGCACCUUACUAAAAAAUAUAGCUCAUGCUCAACUAUAUUUCUAGAUGACAGCACAGUCAGCCAGCCUAAUCUUAGAACCACAGUACAAUGUGUGACGUUAGCAAUAUAUUACCACAUAAAGAACAGAGAUGCAAAUAGAUCCUUGGAUAUUUUCGAUGAGAGAUCACAUCCACUCACACGAGAAACAGUUCCGGAGGAAUAUUUUAGGCAUGAUCCUGAACACAAAUUUAUUUACAGAUUUGUUCGGACCCUCUUCAGUGCUGCACAGCUAACAGCUGAAUGUGCGAUAGUGACUUUGGUUUACUUAGAAAGACUUUUAACUUAUGCCGAGAUCGACAUUUGUCCCACGAACUGGAAGAGAAUUGUUUUGGGAGCUGUUCUUCUUGCCUCCAAGGUUUGGGAUGACCAGGCUGUAUGGAAUGUGGACUACUGCCAGAUCCUCAAGGACAUUACCGUUGAGGACAUGAAUGAGAUGGAAAGGCAUUUUUUAGAGCUACUUCAGUUUAAUAUUAAUGUUCCUGCCAGUGUUUAUGCCAAAUACUACUUUGACCUUCGCUCCUUAGCUGAUGACAACGACCUGCCUUUUGUAUUUGCUCCUCUUAGCAGAGAAAGAGCCCAGAAUCUAGAGGCUAUUUCCAGAUUGUGCGAAGACAAAGACCUGUGCAGAGCUGCUCUGAGAAGGUCUCUUAGUGCUGAUAAUUUUAUUGGUGUUCAGCGCUCUAAAGCCAUCCUCUCUUAAGGGAGAAGUGAAGGGUGGUAAUAUCGUGAGCCCCUCCCUCAUCUACAAGGACUGGAGAAAUAGCACCUCUCCUGCUCAAAAACCAGCAAAGUUAGUAUUUUCACCUAAGACAGACGUCAAGUUGAAGAGACUCGUGGGCAGCAAGGACUAUGCUCAUAGAAAGAAUGGGACCUUGUCAGUGCAACACACUCUGUCCUUUAGUUACAAAAAACACUCAAAAGCUAAAGCUCCCAACCCACACAGAUAUUUGCUUACAAUGUAGGCUGAUAGCUGUGAACUCUAUGUGAAGUUGUUUUUUUUUAAUUCAUGUUUAAAUUUUGAGGUUUGAAAGGCACUAACUAUAUAAUUUAUAUGUCUUUCCUACUUUUCUGAAUCGCCCCCUCCAAAAAAGGAAUAAACCUUCCCAAUAUUGCUACAUAUUCCUUUACAAUCAAUGCAGUAUUACCAUUAAAACAUGGGACGCCUAACAACUCACAAAGCCACUUAGGAACAGACUGUAGCAUUGUUAGGUAUUAAAGGAUUCUUCAUAUUACAUGGUGGAAGUUGCUAGUCAUUAUUGGCAAACAGUUUAAAUCAAAAAGCUGCUGAAUAACACUUCUCAUUCAAAUUCUUUGCAAGUAGUACUUACUAACACAGUAGCAUGUUUGGGAUAAGAGAAAGUGUCAGUAUUGAUUAUCUACUUAGACUGGGUCCAUGCUGCAUAUCGUAAGAACUAUAAUGGGAUUUUAAAACAACUAUAAUGAUUCUUCUCAUUUUCUGAUGAUUUUCUUUGUUAAAUAAAUGUAUCAAAAGAUAUUUUCAUAAUUCCAACCAACAUGGUGGUCCAGUGAUAAUAAGCAGAUAAUGAAAUAGGUGUUCCCCAAGUGCAAUUCUAAGCUUAGAUAAUAGUGUGCUUGGGCCCUCCAGGGCACUCCUACGGAAGUAUAAAUGCUACAGACUUUAAUUUGAAAGUUUAAAUUUCUCAUUUAGUUUUUUGGGUUUUUUCACCAAUAAGUUUAUUUUCAUUUUUAUAUAAAAAAAAUAUAGGAAGCAGGAAGACAAGAAUUGUUAGGGCUAUUCCAUAAAAUCAACAGAGGUGUAUAUUUGUUCUGUACUUCUGCUCUACCCUCCUUAAUACCCAUUCUCAAAAUUCCCAUAAAACUGCCAGAGCUGCAGAUUAAAUGUCCACAUUGUAGACAGAGGGGAAAAAAUAGAGACAAAAAGAUUUCUACAAUAUCCUGCUUAUUUAGUUUAGCGAAUUAUGAAAUGACAAAAGAUUGGCUGAAACCACAAAGUUUAUUUAAACUUUAAUUUUUUGGUUCAGCCUAUCUUUGCCAUCUUUAAGAGGGGAUUGAAACAAAAAAUUAAAAGCUUAAUAUUUAAAAUACACAAAACUAAGUUUAAGAGACAUUUAGACUUUCAAAUGUGUUGUAAGGCUGUAGCAAUUAUUCUACAAGUACCACCGCUUAAAACUGCACUAACACUGUAGGAGAUAACUUGUGUCUUCAUAGGAAUGCCCUCCUCUUUAAAAGAAAUCUUUGCAGAUCUGUGCUAUAUACAUGCUUUGAUCACCAAAAUUGUUUUGUUUCCCUAAAUUCUGGUAAAGGAAGAUUAUGAGGAGCAGUGUUAUUCAGAUGUAAUAAAUUGAAUUGGACCCUAAUAGUAGUGUUAUGAAAACAGGUGAAUGAACCAGCUUUUCUAUCCUACAUAUUAACUUGGUUGUAGGUGUCCCAUGUAAGUCUUGCUAUUUAAGAGGAAGCAUAUAGAAAUAUUAGGAACUCUUACCUCAGGCUUUAAAGGGCAGGGAGUUUAGUAAUCAAUCUUUUAGGAGAUUGGUAAAAUGUUGCCUAAACUUGAAAUACUUUUAAAGAUUAAUGUUCUCAACUAUUUAAAAUAUUUCUCCUACCUUCUCAAAUGUAUUCCUAGAAAUUUUGCCUAUAAACAAAGCAUUUCUAGGCCAAGGAAUACUUUCAGUAUAGCAAGGCUUCACAUUAUAUUGAGGGCUGCAGGUUUCAUCACUUAAAAGGAUAGAAACAAAAAAUAAUGGUAUAUAAAAUAUUACAAUCUACCACCUCAAAAAAACAUUGUUUAUGGAGUUCUGAGCUUGGAGAUUCAAGUAUUGAUUGCAAUUUUUAUUUUGAAAAGAAUGCUACAACUUACGUGGUUUUUUCUCAUGUUUAUAUUAAAAGAAAAGCUAAUAAACCCUAUUUUAAUUAAAA